GCCCGCCGUUUCAAUUCACUGCUGCUACUUGAUCACACCCUAGCUGUGCAGUACGUGUGAACUUUCUUCCACUUUAAUUCUGAACAGAUGAGACAACGGGCAAGCUUUUAUUUGGUUUUGUUCCCUUCCUCCACACAGAGGCAUAAAGCUCAAUUGACCGGCACAAACCCGGGUACCCUUGUGCCGUGGUUUCUGCGUGCGUGCGUGUGCGCGUGAGGGGGAUAGAGAGAAGAGAGAGGCGCCGGCCGGGAAGAGGAGAGGAGAGGAGAGGAGAGUUCGGGCGGCGGCUAGCUAGCUAGGUCAGCAGCCAUGGGGCACCACUGCUGCAGCAAGCAGAAGGUGAAGCGGGGGCUGUGGUCGCCGGAGGAGGACGAGAAGCUGCUCAGGUACAUCACGGCGCACGGCCAGCCCUGCUGGAGCUCCGUCCCCAAGCACGCCGGGCUGGAGCGGUGCGGCAAGAGCUGCCGUCUCCGGUGGAUCAACUACCUCCGCCCGGACCUGAAGCGCGGCGCCUUCUCGGAGCAGGAGGAGCGCACCAUCCUCGACGUCCACCGCAUCCUCGGCAACCGGUGGGCGCAGAUCGCCAAGCACCUGCCGGGGCGCACGGACAACGAGGUCAAGAACUUCUGGAACUCGUGCAUCAAGAAGAAGCUCAUCGCCCAGGGCAUCGACCCCAAGACCCACAACCUGCUCCCGGCCGCCUCCAAGAACCUCCUCCAUGGCGCCGGCGCCAACAACAACAACAACCCUGCAUCCGCCGCCGGCCAAUUCCAGUCCAGCUCCAACUCCAACGGCAGCACCACGCCGUUCACCAUCAGCUCCCCGACCAAGGCGGCCGUGGCCACGGUUGCGCCGCCAGCAGUCUCCAUGGCGCCGGCAUUGUACGACUACAACAACGUCGUCCCUAACCCGGGCGCCAGCAGCGGCAUGCUCAUGGGCCACGAGCAUGCCGCGGCGGCGAUGCAGCUGCAGCAGCAGGGCGUCUACCCGUCCUAUGCUGACAACGGCGGAGGCGUGCUCAUGAACUUCAGGGACCAGAACAAUCACGCGGCGUCCAUGUCCAUGUCCAUGUCCAUGGACUUCAUGAAUGCCUCCUCUAACUCGUCCUCUUCCAUGGAGCUCGCGGCCGGCGGCAUGACUAACAAUCCUGGCAUGGAGGGCAUGGCAGCGUUCCUAGACGACGAGGCUGCGGCAAUGUGGGCAACCACCGUUGAGGAGGGCAUGAGUGGUCCUGGGAUGCUGCUGCAGCAGCAGCAAGGGUUGGUGCAGGAUGAGGUUGUCGUCGGGCCGCCGCUAAUUGGGACGUCGAACGGCGGGGGACCGGUUGGCAAUGGCAACGGCAACGGCAAGGGCGCAAUGGAUAUGAUGGACGUCUCGUCGGCAGUGUACGGAGGCGCUGCCGGUGCAACGACGACGGCGUUCGACCUAGAGCUGAUGGAGUCGUGCGGGAUGUUCUACGGCGGCAGUGCCGGGACCGGCAUGGGCAUGGAGCAGCUGCAAUGGGAUUACUAAAUUCAUUUGAGCUCAUCAUCCUCACCCCUCCUAAUUAGUUCGGACAUUGCAUGAAUUUUCAAUUCGUUGCGUUUCUUAAUUUCCUUUUUGAUGUGCGUUUCCUGUCCUUCUUCAUUCAGAAUUUCAGAUCGUCGUCAUUUUCAGCAAGAAAUGCAUAGCUGAGUGACAAUCGAGUUGAACUAAUCGGGAUUUCAAUAAAUUUGGUUAUUCUCCUCCCUCCCUA